AUGUCUAACCCACCGAGAGAAUUACCAGGGUUAUAUUACGAUACUGAAAGAAGGAAAUACUUCCCAUUAACACAACAGAGACGUAACCAAUUUAAGAAGCAAAAGCUCGAUUCACAAUUACAAAAUCAAAAUGUUACUUAUUGGGAUAAAUGUUUUCUAGAUUAUUCGGAAUAUGUGAAAGAUCCAACAACUAGAAGCCCCGCUUUUACUAAUGAAGAUUUAUAUGUGAUUUGCAAUAUCAUGGCUCUGAAGGAAAGGGGUGCCAAUUUAUUCAACGAAUUAUCCAUCAAACCAAUAGAUAUAACUUUUGGAGGUUACUCAAAUAAAUUAUUAGGUUCGUUUUCUUUCAGUGGUGGCUAUAGAUACUGGUGUAUCUUGUCAGAUGGUCGAAUUUUAGUCUAUGAAAAAGAUACGCAGUACAACCAGUGGGAUAUCAAAACUUAUGAACACAACAUAACGGGGAUUGACGAGCUAAAUUUUAAUCCGAGGUUUGAAGAAUUGACUAUUUUUAAUGUGAAAAGGUCUUGGAAUAAUAUAUUUAUUCAUUAUAAAGUAAAACAAAAGAGAACUACGUCUGGGCCGAAUGAAUUACCUUCAUCAACAACGCAGCACUUAUUUCAUCAAAUUUCUAACUCCCUGAGGCUCAAUAGUAACGAAAAUCCCUACUUGAAAUGUUUUACAAAGUUAGGAAUGAAGGAAUUUGAUAACAUAAAUGAUUCUAUUGCAACCAGCUAUGGCCCUAUCCUAGCAGUAAAGAAGAAACUUUUUAUUUUUAAUUGGCACAAUAUGAGCAUCAAGACAAAACUUAAGUUUAACACUCAAUCUGAUAUAACUGCUAUAGCUUGUUAUGACGAAAAUACUUCACACUGUUAUAUUUAUUGCGGUACAAGAAAUGGAUAUCUGUACAAAUUAACAUUUUCAAAAAAAUCUGGAGUAAUGAUACCUGAGAUACUGUCCACUAAAUGCUAUAAAAAUAUCUGUAAGGUUUCAUCAAUUGUAUCUAUAGUAGCACUUUCCGGUAAUAGAAUAAUGAUAUCUGGAUUUAUGAAAGAUGCUGAGCUUCAAUAUCUCUUUAUAAUUGAUCUCUUAGAAUUGGAUUCCAAUGAUAGUUAUACUACUGCUAAUCCCACAAUUCUGGUAACAAAAUUUAGGAAUGCAACCAACGAUACCGAAAUAUUAUCCAUAUCUGAUAAUGAACAAUAUGUUUGCUAUGGAAAACGGAAUGAUUUUGAAAUGUUCUCCUUGAGACAUAGAAAUUAUGAGCAGAACGGAAACUGCUAUUGCCACCCUUAUGCCUCUUCUCUUGAUUUCUUGAGGAAUUACCCUCCUGAUCAUUUAUUUGGAUUUAAGCUAUCUAGCGUUUCGUUUACUAACAAUAACUCUGUUUAUAGGAAUGAGAAUAUGAAUUGCGUACAUGAAUGCUCUAGUAUGAAUAUUAUAGAGCCUGAGAAAUACGAUAUCGACAAUAACUGCAAAGAGGUAAGUUCAUUAGUAUUAUUAAUGUCCUUUCAAUCUUCGAACGAGAACAUUACGAAUUCUUCCCUUCCCAUUAAUAAAUUAAUCAGUGCCUACAUUUUUUAA